AUGACGCCCGGCGACGAGCUGCAGCCGCUGCCUCAGCAGGCCUGCGACAACUGCCGCUGCCGCAAGAUCAAGUGCGACCGCGGCUCGCCGUGCAAGCAUUGCGUCGCCGCGUCGCUGCGCUGCCAGUAUCUGCAUGUCAUUCGCCGCAAGGGGCCGCGGCGAGGCAUCGGCCGACGCCUGGCGCAGCUGAAGCAGGGCCAGACGGAGCUGGACAGGAACUACUUUGAGGUUAUCACCGUCGACUUGCCGGCGCCGGCGAGCCGUGAGUUGAAGCCGAGCGGCAGUUCGCAUUCGCAAUCGCAAUCGCCACAGUCCUCCGGCAGCUCUCAAUCCUGCGCCAACUCACACUCCAGCGGCAAUACCGUCAGGGGUAGCAAAGAGCCGCUUCAAGGCGACAAUGCGCGUCUGGCCAUAUCCCCGUCGACAAGUACCGAGUCGGAAAAUGCUGUCGUCACCCCUGCCUCACUCGACCAAUCCAUCUCUUUGCUGGAUGCCGUACUACCACUGCCGGACCUGGUGGCCCAACGUCGACGACUAUGUCGGUCCCUCGUUGCUCACGUCGAGGUCUUCCUAAAGCACAUGUUCCCCAUAAUGCCCGUCAUCCACGGCCAAGAGAUCCUCGCCGACGCAGCCCGCCUGGAUCAACUGGCCCCCUCACGAUACGCACUCAUCGCCGCCAUGUGUGCGGCCACACGCACGCAACUGCAACUGGACUAUGAAGAAAACUGCAGAGGCAACGGGCCUGGGGCAGAUAUUCCCAAAGAGCCGCCGCUCACUGGCCAGAUGCUGCUCGACAUUGCGGAGACUUCACUGCGCCAAUACAAUGUUGUCGACGACUACUCUCUAGAUUCGGUUCUAGCUUCGUAUUUCAUCGGCACCGGAUACGGAAAUCUCAACCUCAACCGCCGCUCUGGCUUCUAUCUAAACCAGAGCAUAAGUCUUGCCCAGUCCCUCAACCUUACCUCGGAAGCUGGCUACGUCGACCUCUGCGAAAGUGAGCGCGAGACGAGACGACGAGUCUUUUGGCUGCUGUUUGUUACAGAGAGAACAUUUUCCCUGCAGCACCGUCGACCCAUCAUGCUACGCAGCCGCAUCCCUAAGCCGCGCGUCGUCGAUUCCGACUGCCCAACCGUUAUGCACGAUUUUCUGAAUCACAUUCGCGUAUUCGAUCUACUGCCAUGUGCGCUUUACGACUGGGAUCCGCAAGACGACGAGUACAAAUCCGACGACGUGUCCCUGCCCAACAAAAUCAACGCACGCCUCUCCGCACUUCAAGUGGACAACUCCUUCAUCGAAAGCCAAAGAUUCGAUACGCUGAUUACGCAGCAGUGGCUGCGCGUGUCCAUGUGGCGGUUGGCGUUUGGGACACAGCCGUCUUUGGCGUACGGUCGCGAGACACAUUUACCGGUUGGGCUUCCUAUCGAUGCUGGCAAAUCGGUCCUGGUUGAGUUGUAUUCGGUUGGUCAAUUGUCAAAGGACUGCCACGGCAUUGGGAUAGAACAAAAACUUUUCGACAUUGGAAUCGGUCUAGCCGACACGGCUCAAUUACAAGGCCAGAACUUCUCGUCGCUCGAAAUCGGCCCAAGAGACUUGCUCAGCACCAUCGUAAAGUUCCUAACAAGGAUCCGCGGCAGCGAGUCCUAUCUCCUGCCCAAGCUGUUGCAGCGUUCCGAGACCAUUCUAGGUCACGCCGACCCGGUUGCUCAUAUCGACACGCAAUGGCCCAUGAGUGAUGCUGGGACCAAUCUAGAGGAUUGGGCUAUCGCUGACGACCUCUCGGUGCUAGCGGACAAUUUAACGGAUAAAAUAAGUUGGGAGCUGCAGGAUUGGGAUACGUAA